AUGGCAUCUUCAGCAUCAGGCCCUACAGUCAUCGAAUCGCUACUGCCUCGGCCACCGACGCCUCCUCGCGAUCUUCACCGACGUGAAGGCGCCCUGGAUCUGGGCCUGAAGUCACUUGCUGGUCAAUCACCUGGGCUUCAACCCCGAGCUAGCCUCCACACUCCGCCAACAGCGAUAUCUCCUUCCCCGUCAGCGACUGCGAAUUCGAAUCGGUCAAGCCAGGCUGCUAAACGCGUGGAGUGGUCAACGCACACCGACUACCAAGAGCCACCCGACUACAACAAAGACAGGCCACGGAAAUCCUCCCCAUUGUCUGCUCCGUCAUCAGCAUCGUCAAAACCGAUCAAAGGCAUUCUGAAACAAACACCAUCAUCCAACAUCUUCGCAUCAUCCUGGGACGGCAGUUUGGAUGGUUCGCUUGGACAGGCCAGUAUCACAGAGAUGCUCGACUCCACCAUCAAACAACUUGCCGGAGCCGACCGCGACUUUAGACGAGAUGCCUACAUGAUGCUUAGCCGAGCAUUGAAGACUUCCAACAAUCUUCCCGAUAGAGUUGCGCUGCAGGAUAAAAUGAGCUUGCUCAUGCAAUUUAUCCAGCGCGACAUUACCUCCAAGAAGGAAGAUGGCUCCCCCGAUACGACUCUUGUGAACCAUGCCCUUGGUCUCCUUGCCACCUUUCUACACUUUCCCGCUAUCGCUUCUACCAUCACAUCCGACUUCGCCGUCUUCAUUAUCGACCACUCUAUUCGCUGUUUUGAGGAUCCCACGUUAUCAAAGGAUGUGGCUCGUCAUUUGAUGCAGGUCGUUGCUUUCCAGAAUUUCUCGGCCAAGGUGAUGACGCUUGACCGGGUCGGACGACUUGUGGCAUCAUUGCACAAGAUAGAGAAUCAUUUAAUGGGCAAAAGUAUUGUCAUGAGUCGCAUCCAAAUUUAUCGACGACUGGUCAAGCAAUCGCGGGUGCACAUGCUGGCGCAUUCGGAUUGGCUAAAGGACAUGUUCACUGACAUGCUUAGUACUAUUCGCGAUAUCCAGACGCAGGCAAUCAACCUGGGUAUGGAGGCGGGUUAUACGCUGCGGACCGGAAACCAGCUGUUUCGAAAAGUGAUCGAAAUCCUUCAGACUACCAAUGAGGACCAAAGAUAUUCCGAUUUUUACAUCCGGCGCCUUCAAGAGAUGGUCAAGGAUAGGCAGUUUUCAGCCACUGUGCCACAAGUUUGGAGCGUUGUUAUUUUAUGCCUCCGAUGCCCUCUUGAAAGAUGGGAGGACUAUGGGGCUUGGUUCGCUCUUAUUCAAUCCGCCUUCAAUUCUUCCGACACUAGGACUAAAAUCGAGGCAAACUAUGCUUGGAGUAGAUACAUUUAUCUCUCCCUCCACGAUAACCGAGCAACACCAAAGUUACUAGGCACCCUGUGCCAGCCUCUACUGAGUCAAAUCCGACGGAAGGCCACCGCAAAGCAACUCGAGGAGAAUGUGAAGUUGCGGAAGACGGUGAUUUCGGUUUUCUGCACACUCUGCUACUAUGGACUUCGCCCCGGACACGACAGGAUUGCACCAACAGAAAUGUUUUGGGACAGUGCGCUGCACCCCUUUAUAUCGCAGCUGGCCGGAUUAGAUGGCACCCGUGAAGUGCGGCCAGAUGAUCUUUUGCAGGCAUCACGGAUUCUCAUUGGCUUGCUAGACGUGUCGACGCCGGUUGUGUGGAGGGAGGACCGCAUCAUGGAUCUACCGCCAGUCAAGCCAGACGAGCUGCCCUCCAUUGAUUCUAAAUGGAUUAGGAAGAAUUCCGAUAGAAUCUUCAGGCUUGUGGGGCCCUUGUUAGAAAAGAAGCUUCUGGAUAUGGCGAAUAUGGAGAGUUUGCCAUACAGACUAUGGCAAGCAUUGGUGGGAUCGAUCGCCGCUGCUUCAGCCAAAGAUAUCAAAGUCUCCGAGGACACGGCAAAGUUCAUGGCCAGCGCUCUUGGCUUAGUAUCUCGUAUUUGGUCUCAAGGCUGCCUAGAAGGCGACGAUAUCCUAGUUUCCAGGUUCUACCCAAGCGUGCUGAAUCUUCUCAAGACCUUGAUAAACGGGCUAGGGCACCUGCCAUUCACAGAGAAGAGGUUGUCGAUGACAGUCGCAAAUACCUUUGAGCCAAUUGCCACCCCAUCUCAACGGUCCGACCGGUCGGAAAAGUCCAAGGGUCUGGUACGGAACUCCUUGCUUCAUCUUUUCUCCAUAUUAUCUGCUGUUCCUGCAGGCGCUUCGGACGAUCAACACCUUGCAGAUUUCUUCCUGUCUGCCUUCAGCCUAUUCCUUGUUGGCAAGCCAGAUAAGUUCAGGGCGGACCUUACUCGCGAGCUUCUACAACUACUGCCCUCAAAUUCGCUUUCGCCAUUUGCCCCCUGGCUUCUAGGCGCCCAAUCUCUCCAUUCAUCAUACACUGAACGCGCUGCUGCAGGGCCCCCUAGCACAGACAAAAUCCUUGGGCCAGAAUAUCGCGAAGUUGUGUCCCACCUGGAGCUUGGGUUCUCAUCAUACCCCAAUCUCCCUAUUGAGCACUGGUUGACGUUUUUUGAUUCCUUUUCCAAGCAUGUCACUGCUGAGCUUGGCGAUGCCGGUCGUGCAUUGACUGUGACAGAUCCACUGGCCAAGGUGCUUUUGGGCCAGGUUCAGGGCAAGCUGCCACAGCAGUCCCCCAAAGACAUCAAGGCAAUAAAUGCUAUCUUGGGGACUGUCAAAUUUCCGCAUGACAAGAAGGCGCUUGAAGUCGUCCGACGGAAACUCUGGGGCGACGUCCCCAUGUCGAAAAACUCCGUGGACCUCUAUGAUCAUCUUUACAAGCUUCUGAACUUCGAACUCAAAUACUUUUACGACAACCUUGCUGCUCUUGAUGCUGAAGGCCAGAUCGCGGAGUUUUUGACUGCCGUAAACUUCAUAAUUGGUGAUUCAUUUUCGCUGAUGGGAUUUGAAUGCGUUACAAGAGUUCAAGAUGGGUUGUCAGCCUGGUUCCAAGAUGAGAAGUCUCAGCUACCUUCUCAUGAUGAAUCUCCGCUGAGCACUAUUGUACGGAAAAUCUGGAACCAGUUGUGUGCUGAGUUGAGCCGGCAUGAAAAGCUUACCAAGACCCAGUUCGACCAAGUCGAGGGUGCACUGGAAGCAGCUUUCAAGAGUAGACAUGCCUUUAUCGUGAACAGCGCCGUAGAAACCUGGAACGUCAUUGUGAAGGAUGAGGAGGAGCUGGUGUGCUCAGACAGUCUGAAAUCGAUCGUCUCCUCUCUGCGGCCCAAGGCUGAUCUCGUCGUCCCAGGGGAGGUACCGUCAAGUGGAGAGUUUGGCGCACAAGCCACCUCGUUCAUUUCCUCACAGGGGCCCCCAAGCCCGAUUGCUCUAUCAUCAGGAGUAACUCACGAGGGCCACUCUCCGUUGCCGAUGGUUCCAACUAGCCUACCCGAGCUAUCCAAAAGCAGGGUGACCAGGAAGCGACAGUUGCAGCUGGCGCCAGACUUAGACCAAGCGAAACCUAAGAAACGUGUAACAAGGUCUAGUCGAACAAGCACUCCUCGCCUCCGCCACGACAAUUCGCAGAUUCAAUUCGAGCCUAUUGCAUCGUCUUCCCCUGUCCCCGAGGAGUCUCAGCACCUGACGGAGAGACAGAAGGAGACACGAGCAAGACAAGCAGAAGAGGCAGGGUUGUACACAGUCAUGUCAUCUAACCUAUCCAAGGUUGAAACGACGGAUAACGAGGAAGCGAUAAGCAACAACGACGUGGUCCCAUCGAGCAGGGGGAUACCAGUGGAGAAUGCCACACCCCAGAAAGCAGCAUCAUAUGAAGAGAUUAUCAGCUCAACGCCGACCCCUCGACGCGGUCAAGUCAUUCUUCUGGAUGAGGCAAACGAACCUCCAUCUUCACCAAUCGAGCCCCGCCCUUGUCCGUUGUUGUCCGAAAUUCGGUCUCGCUCACGUGCUGGAAGUUCCCUGGAGGGGUGGGAAUUCUCCUCUCCUCCAGGCACUCCGGUUUCCAGUCGCCAGCAAGUGGUUCAAGAUCUUGGGGUUUCGCCCGUGGUACUGACCGCCGAGAGUACUCAACCCAAGGAGAAGCGGAAGUCUAAAGCUAGAAGCAUGACUACCCGCUCUACCAGACGAUCCUCAGCGGCAGCAAAGAAGAAUGCAGCUGAGAAUGACUCUACCCCGAAGAGGCGAGAGGUCUUGGAGGACGUCACGGAGCAGCACAAAAAGCAAUCUGGCGAUGUCUCAGAGGCCCCUAACGCUGAGGCGGAAGAGCCUACGGACGCAAAGAAGGGUUCGGACGGAGCAUUGCCAGCGGCAGCAAACAAGCCGGCAGCAGAUGUAUCAUUUGCCCUUAGCGAUGGAGAUGAGAGUCAAAUGCUGAAGUUCAUCGACGAAAUCGAGUCGAAGCGAGCCAAGACAGCCAUUGGCGAGUUCCAGGCAGUCACUCCCGUCAAGCAGGUCCAGUCCGCCCAGACGCAGAAUGAACCAGACGACAGCCCUAUGGCAGAGGGCACCCCGACUGUCAUUCCGUCAACACCUCUGGAAAUGGGACUCGAUCGGGCAGAACUCCAGGCCAGCGACAAAAAGAGGAAGAGGAAGCGUGGCAGAAGGCCUCCGGGCCAUCGCAAGAAGCGCAAGUCGGUUGAAGUGGCAUCUACUCCGAUGACCUCCCGGGUCGAGGAAGAGAAGGAAGAGGAAGAAGCUCAAGAAGCUUCAGUUUCGCAGCAAAGCGAGCAGCAACAGGACAUACAAGAAGAGGCAGAGCAAGAGCAGCCCGAGGCGAUAGAAGUGAAGGCUGAAGAGGAACCCGAGGUUCAACUGCCACCUCUUAAGAAGAGGUCUGCCCCAUCUACACCUGUGGGCGUCCGGACUAGGAGAAGCGCGCGCAAGGAAGAGCGGGAGCAGAAGGAGAGAGAGGAGGCGAUGAGCCAGGCCUCAAACAAGCUCGAGGAGGCCCAGGCUGCAGAGGACACAGACGAGGAAUUGAUGUCGCAAUUAUUGAGCGAGUCCAAUGCUGUUUCUCAAUCCGAGGAUGGCGGGCACAUUAAGGAAGUACCUUCAACCAUCGAGGACUCUACCGAGGUGACAUCCACGGAUAAGAUGUCCGGCGAGAAAGAAGCGGCAGAGGAAGUCCCGGCCGAGAUCAGCAAGACUGAAGAGCCUAAAGCCGACUCGAUCAUGGAGACUCUUGGCAACGGUCUGGACUUGCUGCGCACCGCAUCCCUGACCCGAGGGGAGGUGAACAAGAUCGAAGACAUGUUCAUGGACAUGAAGCGCGCACUCUACGCCGCAGAGGAGCGCGGGAGACAAUCGUGA